UAGGCGGCCAGUCCCCUUAGCUCCAGGCCAGGACCCCUCACGCCGGCCCCAGCCCCGCGCGGUCCCGGAGCGCGUGCGGCCCCGCCUCGGCCCGCCCGGGCCCGCAGUGUGAGUGCCUGCCCACUGUGCCCUCCGGGUUAUGACGACCCCCAGUAAAGGAAACAAGGCCUUGAAGGUGAAGCGGGAGCCAGGCGAGAAUGGCACCAGCCUGACGGAUGAGGAGCUGGUGACCAUGUCGGUGCGUGAGCUGAACCAGCACCUGCGGGGCCUGUCCAAGGAGGAGAUCAUCCAGCUGAAACAGCGCCGCCGCACACUCAAGAACCGUGGGUACGCUGCCAGUUGCCGAGUGAAGAGGGUGACACAGAAGGAGGAGCUGGAGAAGCAGAAGGCGGAGCUCCAGCAGGAGGUGGAGAAGCUGGCCUCUGAGAACGCCAGCAUGAAGCUAGAGCUCGAUGCCCUGCGCUCAAAGUAUGAGGCCCUGCAGAACUUCGCCAGGACCGUGGCCCGCAGCCCCGUGGCCCCAGCUCGGGGCCCUCUUGCUACCAGUCUGGGGCCUCUGGUCCCUGGCAAGGUGGCUGCCACCAGUGUCAUCACAAUAGUAAAGUCCAAGACGGAUGCUCGAUCGUAGGGAUGUGUGCAAUUGGCAGGAGGGUCUUUAAGGGCCGUUAGACAUGUGGCAAAGUGGCAGCCCUGUCCCUCUUCCUCACUUCUCCCUUUCCCUCUUUCCCCUCCUCCUUUCCCUACAAAGCACAACCUGUACCCCAGGGGCGCUGGGCUGAGCCCCUUUGAUAUCAUCCUUGUCGUCAUGCGUGUGUUUUGUACGUUGGGAUUGGUCAGUUCAACAGUGAUGUUGGGUUGUCCCUAACCCCUUUGUACUAAGGCCAUGCAGGCUAGGAGUCUAGAGUGGGCACUGUGGGAGUGGACGAGAACGCAAGUGGUCAAGUGCACUGGGCCUUAGGUCUGCCUUCCCCUCUUGGGUGACCUGCAGGCUGCUAGUCUGGAAUGGGACUUGAGGACUUUCUCUUCAGAUGCCAGUGAGUCGCUCAGCUUGGCCCAGCAGCACACUGAAGAGUAGGAUGUCCUCGAAGGCCCUGUGGGUGGGAACUGGGGCAGGAAACAUGGUGCUGGAGCCUGGCAUAGUGCACUGAAGUAAGACCAAAUCACUGGCUGUGUGCGUGUGUGGAGAGUGUCAGUGCGUCCUGCGAUGGGUCCGGUGUCACUGUUUACAUGACCUAUUUGUGUGGUUAUAUAGCCCUUUAUUUAAAAAGAGGUUCCUUUUACAAAGUUAUUAAAUUAUAUGUUUAAGAGCUAAAGAGAAAAAAAGAGCUGCAGAGUAUUUAUAAAAUUGUCUUUAAGAAACAAAAAACAACAUUUGACCAUAUAAAUGGAAAAGGGAAGAAAGUAUAAUAGAAACUUUGCUAGUUAAAAAAAAAUCCCUUUCUUGUAAACUUAGGGACAGCUCUGUGGCUGUUGAAGUUUAGUUUUUAUACACAGAGUUAAUGACAUUACUUAUAAAACUUAGUUUAAAAAAAGGAAAAAAAAAAAAAAGCCAAGCUGCGAGCCGACCAGAGGCUGUCCUCUUUGAUAUCUCUUUUGCAAUUGUACCGAAAGUGACUUACUCCUUUGCCCUUCCUGCUUCCGUCUCUUGCCGGUGCCGUGGUGUCGUCCGUGCCUGGUGAGGUUUUGUGCAGCCGUAAAGUGCUGGUGCUUCUGGUGACCUUUGACCUGUGGCUGUCCCUUGUGUGUUGUGUUUGUUUUUUGGAUUUGGUUGUGUUUUUGCUUCUGCUGGCUUGCUGGAUCUGGGGUCCCAAGCAGCAUCAGCUCUUUUGGAGCAUUGGGGACAACCUGCUAGCCCACCUUCUAAUGCACCUGUCCCAUUCCUCAGUGCUUGGUCCCUCUGAGCCUUGGCUAUGUGUGGAUCUAGGGCAGUGUCGGUAAAAUUGGGAGCUGUCUUGGUCACCCAUGCUGCGUCCACAUCCACUAUCCUGGCCCUGGAUGGUGGCAUUGCAGGAACCAAGGAAUCACUGUGGUGGUGCCCAUAGGGCUAUGGCCUUCCUGUCCCUGGAUGUCUUCCUUCUGGCCUCAGUUUUGUUUCUCUAGGCUUUAAAUUGGGCCUACCUUGUGGGUUUGAAUUCUACUGCCCACUUAUCUUGAACUGAUCCUAUGCUGUGGGGUGUUGCUUUCCAGGCAGGGUGGUCAAGGGCCCCGCUUGAGGUGGCCCAUUCUUCCCUGACUCACUGUGAGGGCCUGGAGGCCUUCACCAUUGUUGGACAAGGGCUUUGACUCCAGGGCCAGGUCUGUUUCUUCCCAGCCGUCGUAGCUCUUGGCUCUGAGCUUUCUGCCUCCCUUUGGGAUCUGUGUCUUCCAGGGAUCCGCUGCUCAACUUGGAGGUGCUUCUUGCAGGGUCCAAGCUCCCCUCCCUGCCCAGCUACACAGUAGAGGCUGCCCACCUUCCAGACUUGAUUCAGGAUGUUCCUCAUGGGCAGGUCCCCACUUGUAAGAGUCUAUAUAGUCCUACCUGGCUCUGUGACCCUUGGCUUCUUACUGGCAUUGCUGAUGUCUUCUCUGGGGCCUCUCGACCCCUGUAAAGCACAGAAUAUGGUCUGGUGAAAAGAAUACUGUGGCCUGACACCUUCCCCUCGGCAGCAGUUUUCAUCCAGCUUGAACCAACAUGCAGUGUUUUGGGAGCAGGGCUUCUUUCAGUCGUAUUUACCUUGGUGGGCUUUGGUUUAAGGUGCUCAGACACUCCCAUUACUGCCCAAGGCUGUUGCAGAUGGUAAUUUUGGGUUCAUCACACACUCCCAAAUCUGGUUUUCUACUGAUUUCAGAUGGGUUACUGAUACUGUGUGUGGCAACAGCAUUGGAUCCUGCCCAUCCCUGGAGGAGGGCCAGGAACAGGCUUUCCAUGUUCUUUGGUCCUGACUGGAGGUCAUGCAUCAUGGAGCAUGCUGUCCAGAUACAAGACUUCAGCAUGCUGGGAAGAGGAGGUUGAGGCUGUGGGGCACAUGCUGACAGAAGUGGUAGAUUUUGGGUUUAUCGAAGCUUCUUGAUGAGUUGGUAAGGCCAUGCUUCCUUUCUUGGUUUUUGAGUUUGCAGCAACUGUCCUUGGAUCUGAGGAGUGUUCCUGUGCCCUGUCAAGCCAGUCUUGCAAUGGCACUCCUUUUCCCUUAACCUUGAUUUCUAGACAGUAGAUCCUGUGUCCAGGUGUGACUGUUGGCUGUCUUUCUGAUCCUUGUUAAUUCCAUUUUCCUGCUGUGGGGUGUUGUGUUCCUGCAACUUUUAUGAGACACAGCGAAUGGAGAGGCUUUGGCUAAGGCCAGGUCUCCCAAACUUGUCCGCCAAGUAAACCAUGUGUGACUUCUUUCCUACCUUGACUUUGUCCCAUCUCUUUCCCUGUUGUGACAUGGGACACUUAGAUUUUAGAGAAAACCCCACACAGAAUGGGUCAGCUUUUGGUGUGUGGCCCUAGGGAGCUCCCCACCCCAUCUCUGGCUGCUGAUGGGUGGUGCACCAUUGGCUCAGGGAUUCAGUGGGCACACUAAAUCAUAUGCUGAGGGCACUGAAGUCGCCAGGCCUCCCUGCAGCCUUCUUGGUUCACCUUUCAGGUCUGUGUAGAGUGUUAGCAGCCAUCUGUCUAGGGCCGGAGUUUGUCUGCUAGGCUAAAGCCAGCUUUGAGAUGGAGAAGCUACGUCCCUGCGCCCUUCCUCUCUGGUGUGGUGACUUGGCCAAAGUUCCCAUCCACAGCUGGGACGCCUGAGCCACAGCCUGCUGCACUGUUUCCGCUCUGGGAUCCUCUGAGUCACUUUUUUAGGCUGUGGUUUGGUGAAAGGAACCAACACAUUAACGAUUUUUUUUCCCCAGAAGCCACUGAAUAAUUCCUCUUGGCAUGUUUUCACCUUCCCGUUGCCUGUCUGGUUUUGGAGCUGUUGUGGAGAGCAGAGGACAGAAUCAGUGCCACACACAGGCAGAGUUGUGCCAGAGCUUCUUGUGGCCUGCUCUGUUUCUGGCGUGUGUCCUGGGCAUGGGCUGCACCAGCUGUACAUGUUUGUACCCUGUCCCUGGAGCAGCAACAUUGAGAGCAUGGGUGUCUCUGGAAUCUGAGGAAGCAUGUUUCAGAGAGUCCCUGACAUGAAACCUUCCUGUUCUUGGUGACUCCAUUUGGGCUUUUGGCCCCUCCAGCAACCUCAUGUCUCAGCCCUGUCUUUCCUCCCUUCUCCUCCAUUUGCUAGUCCCUGAAGCCUUUAACCAAACAGGAGUGGGUACUGAAAGCCUUCUCCUGGCAACUUAGGGCAACAGGACAAGGGCUACUGUGUAUCCAGCUCUGUUGGUCUCCUGGUGCUGAGAGGUGUGUCCAAGUGGAGUUGGCCAGUCCCUGCCUGCCCUGCCGGGCUAAAGCCAGGGGUCUAGUAGGGGUACUCUGGGAUGGGAUGGGGUCCUUAAAGACCUAAAUGAGGAAGGGCUGAGGUCAGGCAACAAGGUGAGGCCCAGGCCCCUGCACCUGUGUAGGGUCUUUAGGCUACGAGGUGAGGCCUAGAUUUCUGUACCGGCGUGGGGGGCAGUUAGGAGCCUGGCCUCAGUGGGCAACAGCCUUGGUGCCCACCCGUGCCCUACACAGUAUUUAUUGCUAAAUUAUUGUCCAAGAGGGGCGGCGCUGGGCCUGGUCCCCCGGGUAUUUAUUGCUGUACAUAGUGUAUGUUUGUGAUAUAUAAGGUUUUCUUUAUUUUGUAUAUGAUCAAUAAACGCCUUUUAAAGAGA